AUGGCUGAGCCGCUGCUGGCGCUGGGCGGUGAGUGCGGUCCCCGGGACCCGAGCGGAGCUGCCGCGGCCGGGAAGGUGGACGACGAGCCCCCGGAGCCGGGCCUCUCCCCGCCGCUCCGCUCCCUCCUGGCUGGCCGGGCCCUCGAGAAGGCCCUGUCCCCGGGGCAGGGCGCCCAGGGGCCCGCGUGGGCCUGGAGGAGCCUCUGCCGGCGUCUGCAGGUGCUGCAGGUGCGCGCCUACGCGCGCUGGCAGGACGUGUCCAUGCGCCGCAUGCAGAUGAUCGCCGACUUCGCCGAGCGCCGCUUCCUGGGCGAGGUGGACUACCUGGUGUGCGUGGACGUGGACAUGCGGUUCCGUGACCACGUGGGCGUAGAAAUCCUGUCGCCGCUCUUCGGCACCCUCCAUCCUGGUUACUACCGGAGCCCCCGGGAGGCUUUUCCCUACGAGCGCCGGCCGCAGUCCCAGGCCUACAUCCCGCGGGACGAGGGCGACUUCUACUACUUAGGCGGCUUCUUUGGGGGGUCGACGCGGGAGGUGCAGCGGCUCACCAGGGCCUGCCACCAGGCCAUGACGGCCGACCGCGCCAAGGGCGUCGAGGCGGUGUGGCACGACGAGAGCCACCUGAACUGGUACUUGCUGCACCACAAGCCCACCAGGGUGCUGUCCCCGGAGUAUCUGUGGGACGAGCAGCUGCUGGGCUGGCCGCCCGUCCUGAAGAAGCUGAGGUUCGUGGCGGUGCCCAAGAACCAUCAGGAGAUCCGGAAAUCUGAUCCUGAGAGCUCUGAGGCCCAGCCUCCGGCCCCGGACACCGGGCGCUAG